GGUCACUGAUUCUCCAUAUCGUCGAUGGUCAACAAAGGAUCUGGGUAGAGGCCAAAAGAUAUCUAGGUGGUUAGAAGGUUUCAGGUACAGCAGUAACUAGACGGGUCAGGCCCGCAGUCCAGAGUUGAUGACCCAGUGCCUGGAGGAUUGUCGUCCCUGGGCACUGACGGUGACGGAACGGCGACUCCGCAUCUCCAAAUGACGGAUCUUUUGUUAUCUUUGCCGACUACAGAUAUUUUUGGCUCAUGCAUGGCAACAUGUCGGUGACUGGAGUGAUAUGGUGCUGAACAAAUUUUACUGAUGAGACUGCAGAGACUUGGGGAUUGACACUUAUGCUUCAAAUGCAUCGUCUCCACUCUACCCUCUCUUUCUCGUUCUGCCUUCAUGUCCAAACAUGACCCAGAUGACUCUGAGUCGGUCUGCAGCUUCUCUUAAGAGUGUCCGCUCACAAGACCAGGGCAGGAAUGUUGCUGCCGACGCGCUGAGAGCCUACCUCAACUCCCGUCCUACACUGUCUGCUUCCGCAUGCAGGUCAUGUCAUAGACGUUUCUACUCCGCUCAGCCUGCUCCUCAAUCAGACCACGACGGCACUCCUAACGUCCAAAAUCUCCAAGAUGAACAAUCUGGAUACGCCCAGUGGAAGAAGCAACGAUUGGCGAACAAAGAAUUCUUUACCAGCCUAUUGAGCUCUGCUGCCACAAAAAGAGACGCGAAGGCCUACAUAUCUCGGUUGAAGAGUCCGAGCAAAAAGAUUUCCGCUGCUCAGCCUGCCGCAACUUCUACGUCCAUGAAAGCACAGUCCUCGGUAAAUGUGGGUAAUCUGUUCAGUCGCUCCCGUGCCGCAGAGCAAAGUCCUGUGUUUACGCAGUUUAAAGAUGAGGAGCAGACAGUCGAGGAAGUGGAAACUUUGAGCGUUGCUGUGGUCAAGAUCAACAAUGUCAGCACCAUGGCUGAAAACAUACUUAGUGGGGUUGCGCAAACGUUGGCUUCCUUGUCGCGCCUGGGCAUGGUUCCAGCUGUCGUGGUGGAAGAGCCAGAUCAGGCCGAUGACAAUCAUCGACGAGAAUUGUUAACUCACUCAGCUGAUCGGCUGGUAAAUGCCCUUGACCAAGUCAGUGAGUCCGGAGCAAGAAAAUUGGAUAACUGCUUUCGCUUGGGCCCAGACGGUCGACCUGAGAUAUUUCUCCAGAAACUGGUUACUCGGCCGCUUCACAAGGGCAGGAUACCAGUCGUUGUUCCCCUGACAUUCUCCGAUCAAGACCAACGUGUUGUCUCCAUUGCCGCAAAUGACGCACUUUUGGCAUUGACGAGAGAACUUGCAGGACUGAGUUUCAACCCCACAACAGGCGGGAGCCUCAGAGAGGCGGAAGAGAAAGGUCUUCCCUUGCGUAAACAGAUCUCGUUGGACAGGAUCAUUGUGGUGGACGAGACUGGGUGCAUACCUAGCACCAAAUCACACGAUCAGAAACACGUCUUUGUCAACCUUGAGCAAGAAUACUCUCGAUUGCAAGAAGAACUAAGGAGCUCGACCGAUAGUGCCGUAUCACAAAGACACGCAUCUAACCUCAAGCUGUUCGAAGACGCUCUCAGAAUGCUGCCCCAUUCGGCCUCGGGAUUAUUGACCACUCCCCUGGAAGCUGCGAACACAGCAAGGUUGACUGACGAUGAGCCAUCAAAUGUCGGCACACGGCGGCAGAAAAACCCCUUGAUCCACAACCUAUUGACGGACAAGCCGGCAUAUUCAUCGUCUCUACCUGCGGGGCGAUUGACUCAGGACAGCGCAAUGGCGUCCGCGACGACCUCAACGUUCGUCAAACGCGGCAUGCCCUUGACGAUGCUGCCCAAUCCUGACGCACACGUUUGGACAGCCGCCAGUACACCUCGACUCAAAUUGACGGAUGGUCGAAUCGACCUCGAUCGACUUGUCUAUUUGAUCGAUGACUCGUUCAACAGGAAGCUCGAUGUGGAAGCAUAUCUCAAACGAGUCAAUGACAGAAUUGCGGGCGUGAUCAUCGCUGGCGAUUAUGAAGGUGGAGCAAUCCUCACAUGGGAAAAACCACCAGGUGCCUCCGAUGAUGACACAUCUCGACUCGUGCCGUACCUGGACAAGUUUGCGGUUCUCAAGAAAAGCCAAGGUGCAGGUGGUGUGGCCGACAUCGUCUUCAACGCCAUGGUGAGGACAUGUUUUCCAAACGGCGUCUGCUGGCGAAGCCGCAAAGACAACCCUGUCAAUAAAUGGUACUUCGAGCGAUCUCGCGGCACAUGGAAAAUUCCCGAAACCAAUUGGACCAUGUUUUGGACCACACCUGGCCUGCUGGAGAAACCAAAUAGUCAGACUUUCCCGGACUAUGAAGCUGUAUGUCGUACCGUGCAGCCCACUUGGGCUGACGGGAAGAAGCUUGUAGACUGAGAUUUUAUUCACGAAUGAUGAAGUUCAUGCAGCGAUUUCUAUUUGCACACUGGGGUAUAUAGACAAAUUUCAAAACACUCAGUUAAUUGCUUCUCGCAACCUAGCGACUACGCUCUCCCGUACUGUACCUCGACUCUCUGGUAUGGAUCUG